AUGACUAUAGACAAACAAAGUAGAUAUGAUAGGCAAUUGAGACUAUGGGGAAACUCUGGGCAAUCUAAUUUAGAAAGCUCUCAUAUAUGUUUAAUUAAUGCUACUUCGACUGGUUCUGAAUUAUUGAAAAAUCUUGUGUUACCAGGAAUUGGAGAAUUUACUAUUAUCGAUAAUACUGAAGUCACAGAGAGCAGUCUAUCUGGUAAUUUCUUCUUAGCUCAUCAAGAUCUAGGUGAUAAUACUGCAACGGCUAUGGUUCGAGAAUUGAAGGAAUUAAAUAGCGAGGUUAUUGGUAAUGCCAUUGAAAAUUCGCUUACGAAUGUGUUGAAGAAUGAGUCUGUACAGUUUUGGGAUUCGUUUAAUAUUGUAAUAAUAAGCAACUUCGUACCUGAAGAAGAUUUGAAUAGGUUAAAAGAUAUAUUAUGGGAAAAGAAUAUUCCUUUAUUCCUCGUCAAUACAAUGGGAUUCUAUGGGUCGUUGCAACUUAUUUUAAGGGAAACCACUGUGAUUGAAACGCACGAUCCUGCUAAAUUCUUUGACUUAAGAAUCGACCAUCCAUGGCCUGAGUUACAAGAAUACGUCGAUUCGAUCAAAUUAGAUGAACUUGAUGAUACAGAACAUGCACAUGUACCAUAUAUCGUAAUAUUUAUAAAAGCAUUACAAUCUUGGAAAGCUUCACACAACGAUAUCCCACCUAAGAAUUAUCAAGAAAAGAACCAGUUCCGUAAGCAUGUGGAAGCAAUGUCACGAAACAUUAAUUAUGAAGGUAACUUUACAGAGGCUCUCAAGGCAAUUCAUAGGGCAUUACAAACCACACAAAUUCCCCAAGCAAUUCUUGAAUUGUUUGAAGACGACAAUAUCAAAGACGAAAAUGUCAAUCUAACUACUUCAAUAUUUUGGAUUUACGUAAAAGCUUUAAAGAAUUUUGUUGAGAAAACAAACAAGUUACCGUUACCCUAUGCUGUUCCAGAUAUGGCAUCUGAUACUGUCAGCUAUAUAACCUUACAAAGCAUCUACCGAAAUAAGGCUAUAAAUGAUCAAAAGCUAUUUACUGAAGAAGUGAUAGAGAUUUUAAACUCGAUCGGAAGAACAUCUGAUGAUAUUAACCAUGAUUCCAUCUUAAGUUUUUGCAAAAAUACUCAAUUUUUGUAUGUUACCAAAGGUUCUAAAAAGUUAUUUAAUCAAAAAAUGAGAUCGGCUGUUCUUUCAGAAACUGAUGAAGAGAGCAGUGAUAUCUUGAAUGUGCAUUUCGCCAUACUUGCGUUCAAUAGUUACAUUCAUCUAUUCCAUAUUCGUCCUGGUAUUCAGGACCUAGAUCAAUUUAUUGACGUCUUCAAGCGUCGUUAUGCUGAUCCUUCAUCUGAAGUACCUGACGCUUUAAUUACAACCUUCAAAGAAGUUUUAAGUCAUCCUUCACCUGAUUAUCACAAUAUUAGUAGUCUCUUAGGAGGGAUUGCAAGUCAAGAAAUAUUGAAAAUUACUACUUCUCAGUAUACACCGCUUGAUAAUUUAUAUGUCUUCGAUGGCAUACAUUCGAUUAGUGAAAAAUGGAAAAUAUAA